GAACUGUUCCUACACUCAAAAGAAAGCCCUUGAGAAAAUCUUGCUAUAUAGCUUUGAAUUUAAUCGCUUCCUUCAUUUGCUACAAACCAAAGAGUUUAACCCUUCCUUCAUUUGCUCUCCACAGGGUCUUUAGCAUCAGGCUCGGAUCAGAGGCUUUUGGACUCAAGCUUGGGAAGGCUUCAGAGUGUCCAGCUUCUGAUCUUUGAGCAUUGGAAAAAGCAGAGGACAUAAUUUCUCUGCAGAAUAACCUGAUCAGUUUGUUCUAGAUAUGAGGAAUGCUCUUCUUCCCCCAGUGUCCUCCCAGUUCUACACCAUUGGAAACAAUGAAGUGCAGAUGCCAUAUCUGGAUGUCCUUAUGCAGAUGGAAAGCAAAGGAAAUGUCCACGGGGGUGGCUUUUCUAUGGAAUCCAAAAUAUUCAACAAUGACACCCAGCUAAGAGAUGGGGCCUUUGCUACUCCUUACCAAUCCCAUUUUAACUCUGAUCUGCAAGAUUAUCAGUCUGGCAGCUCCAACUGUGACAACAAUUUCCAGCAGUCCAUGCCACUUACCAGCAAGCUAGCACUUCCACAAUUUGAACAGGACAUUCAGAAGUUGAAAAACGGAAGGAAACGACCAAUUGAGGUUAAUGACCAAAUGCCAUUGAAUGGAACUAGUGCUCUGAAUGAGUGGAAGCAGAAGAACAAGAGAAAGAGAUUACCCCCCUUUGAACAACAGCAAUCUCAUCAAAUUACUGAAGCAGUAACUGAAAUCAAACAGUGCAGGAUGCAUAUGCCUGCAGUUAGGAGAAGCCAAAAGCUAAGUGACAAGACCACAGCUCUUCAAAAGUUGGUUUCCCCCUAUGGAAAGACUGACACUGCUUCAGUCCUUCAAGAGGCUUCUCUUUACAUCAAACUUCUCCAAGAACAAAUUCAGAAUUUGUUUCAGAUGCUGAGCAGCUCAUAUAACAGUCUCAGGGCUAUUCACCCACAGGAAAUUGGAACGAAGCAACAAGACCUAAGAAGCAGAGGGCUUUGCUUGGUUCCCAUUUCAUUCAGCCAGAAAGUGACAAAAGAAGACCAGAAGGAAAAACGUGAAAGCAAGGAAAAAAGGGGAAAAAAGAGUAGUAAAAUUAAAAGACUGGGUGGGCAUUUUCAUGCAGUCAUCCCCAACCCAAAAAAAGAGAAAAAAUUUAUCUCCACAUUUCUCCUUCCCUUUCUCUCUCUCUCUUUUUCUGAAGAAGCCCUAGAUUUUCUCCGCCUUUUCUCGCUCUUUCCUUCGCUUUCUCGGGAAAAAAAUGGUAAACACUCUUCUCCUGCAAACGCAGCUUCAGGAAUGGCUGUGGAUGAUGAUUGCAAGCUGAAGUUUUUAGAGCUGAAGGCUAAAAGGACUUAUCGCUUCAUUGUUUUCAAGAUUGAGGAAAAGCAGAAGCAAGUUGUUGUUGAAAAGCUUGGUGAACCUACUGAUAGCUAUGAGGCUUUCACUGCUAGCAUUCCAGCUGAUGAGUGUCGAUAUGCUGUCUAUGACUUUGAUUUUGUGACCGAAGAAAACUGUCAGAAGAGUAGAAUUAUUUUCAUUGCCUGGUCUCCUGAUACAGCAAAGGUAAGAAGCAAGAUGAUCUAUGCCAGCUCCAAGGACAGGUUCAAGAGGGAAUUGGACGGUAUCCAGGUAGAGUUGCAAGCUACCGAUCCUACUGAGAUGGGUCUUGAUGUCAUAAAGAGCCGCGCCACUUAGAUGUAUAACCUACUUUGCAAUGGAAGUUCAUACCAUCUGGUUCACUUAAAUGUAAUGUCUAUAGCAAAUUUGGAACUUAGAACUUGCUUUUGAUAUUGGGUUGUUGUUCCUGAGUUCAUACUCUUCAGUCCUUGUCUUGAUUUGUUAUAUCUAUGGAUUCAUAUGGGGUCAGUAUCCCCCUUUGGUGUGAUAUUUACUGACUAAUAUACGAUGGCUUGUGGGGUACCAAUCUCAUUGCAGUUUGAAUAUUGCAUGCCUUCUUUCUGUA